UCUGUCAAAUUGUUAAAAUGAUAGGUGCGCACUGUGGGUAGGCUUUGAUCGAAUUGAAAUUCGCAAAUUAAUUAAUUUACAUAUCACGUUCGACAUAAUGUGUGAUUUUAUCGUGUAUAUCAGUGAGCGUUGAAUGUGAAAUUCAAAUUUUCAAAUCGGACUGUUUGUGCAGUGUUUUAACGAAAUAUAGAAAGACGAGUGACGCUGACUGGUGUUGAUGUCAGAAAUCCAUGUUUUGCGACAAAACAUUGUGUAAAUUUUACACGGAGUGAACAAGUCGCCAGUAUGGCUAGCUCCAAAGACAAUAAUAGUAAUAAUGAGGCACAGGAAUCGUUGUUAUAUUCUGCCAGACAUGGAGAACUGUCUGUGGUUAAGGCGAUGUUGGAAGCGAAGGAUGAAGGGAAGUUGACUCUUGAUAUCAAUUGCAAAGGCAAAAAUAAAACAAAUCUAGGUUGGACGCCACUCCACUUGGCCACAUACUUUGGACAUAAGGAUGUAGUGGAAGCGUUGUUAGAAGCUGGUGCCAAUGUGGACGAGGUCAAUGACACUGGCGACUCGGCAUUACAUAAAGCCUCCUUUAUCGGAAAUGAGCUAAGCAGUCCAAAUCCUCCAAAUAUAAACUGCGUGGACGCACAAGGUAACACCUGUUUGCACUGCGCGGCGUACAGAGGGCACACUAGACUCGCCGUGUUACUACUGCAGAAUGGAGUCGACACUACGCUUAGGAAUAAUAGUGGUCAGUUAGCUAUAGACAUGGCCAAGGACACAGAGAUGCGUGAAGUGUUAAGUGUGCGACCGGUGCAGCGGUUACAGAGAACUGCCGCGAGGUUCGAGGGUCCGUUACUGAAGAGGUCACGGUUCUUGGGAUGGAGACCGGUUUGGGCGGCGCGCGGCGGGCCGCACUGGCGCGCGCGCAAGUACCUCGACGCCGCCGCGCUCUCGGCCUCACACACCGACCCCGCCGCCAUACUGCUGCGCUUCAGCGACGGAGACACGCAUCGACUCGCCGUGCAGGCCGAGCGGGAUGUGCCGGCGUGUAGACAGCGCUUCCAACACGUUUGUGGCACGGGCUCGGAAGCUCUGUCAGCGUUACGUCACUGCGCCGCGUUAGUCGCGCAGGCAAGGGACGCAGACUCCGCCAGACUUAGUCGAGAGUCAUGCGCACCAUGGCACGGCAAACGACACAGCGAGUGUGGUGUCGUGAUACUAUGCGACAAGACCCCAACAAAUGAGGAACAAGAGGAGCGUUACUUGCGUCGUCUGUCGGGGUCGUCCGGGUCCCCCGUGUCGCUGCACACGGCCGUGAGCGCGGCUUCGUCCCGCGGCACUCUGGUCUCACAGGGCGGACAUGUCUACAGGAACGCUAGGCCGUAUCGGAAGAAUACACAUCCCAGCCCGGUGGCGAAACAGGCUUAG